GUGGAGAAGUGGGUAGACAAUUUCGGAUCCACCUGGGAGGGGGGAGUGGAAGUUCCCGCCCCGGACAGCGGCGAGGCGGCAGCCACAGUUGAUUAUGGAAGAUUCCCACAAGAGUAACACUUCAGAGACAGCACCGCAACCGGGUUCUGCAGUUCAGGGAGCUCAUAUUUCUCAUAUUGCUCAACAGGUGUCAUCUUUAUCAGAAAGUGAGGAGUCUCAGGACUCAUCAGACAGUAUAGGCUCUUCACAGAAAGCCCACGGGAUCCUAGCACGGCGCCCAUCUUACAGAAAAAUUUUGAAAGAUCUAUCCUCUGAAGAUACACGGGGCAGAAAAGGAGACGGAGAAAACCCUGGAGUUUCUGCUGUCACUUCUAUGUCUGUUCCAACUCCCAUCUAUCAAACUAGCAGUGGACAGUACAUUGCCAUUGCCCCAAAUGGAGCCUUACAACUGGCCAGCCCAGGCACAGAUGGAGUACAGGGACUUCAAACAUUAACCAUGACAAAUUCAGGCAGUACUCAGCAAGGGACAACAAUUCUCCAAUAUGCACAGACCUCUGAUGGACAGCAAAUACUUGUGCCCAGCAACCAGGUGGUUGUACAAACUGCAUCAGGAGAUAUGCAGACGUAUCAGAUCCGUACCACACCUUCAGCUACUUCGCUGCCACAGACUGUGGUGAUGACAUCUCCUGUGACUCUUACAUCUCAGACAUCUAAGACAGAUGACCCCCAACUGAAGAGAGAAAUAAGGUUGAUGAAAAACAGAGAAGCUGCUCGAGAAUGUCGCAGAAAGAAGAAAGAAUAUGUGAAAUGCCUGGAAAAUCGAGUUGCAGUCUUGGAAAAUCAAAAUAAAACUCUAAUAGAAGAGUUAAAAACUUUGAAGGAUCUUUAUUCUCAUAAAAGUGUUUGAUUAAGAAAGAAAAUAUUUUUGCAGACUUGCCUAAAAAUUAGAUGGAUUUCUUUUCUUUUUAGUGGAGUUUUAUAAAUUAAAAGGUCAAAAAUGAAGCUUUUUAUUUAGGCUUUUGCAACUCAAAGAUAAUCUUAUGCAAGAGAUCUGGUGACAGAAGAUAAAGUGGAAAAUGACCUCAAGGAAGUCACUAUCACAGGUGGAAGCCCUGGAAAAAUGAAACCCACUCAAGAAGAGGGAAGUGAGCUCUCACACCAAUUUGAAUUUCCUAAAUGACAAUAACCCAAAAAUGCCAGAGAAGAUGAAAUUUGGUAAAUUAUUUUUAAAAUCAGUUUACCCUGUAGGUUUGCAUUUCUUACUGUUUCCUAAAAUUUACCUUUUUCACUUUGUGUGUGUGCGCGCGCGAGUGUUUUAUUUCUGCCAAUAAAUUUUAAAUUACAAAUAGAAAAGCUAAUACAUAACUAAAUAUAUAAAUUAUGUGUUCUGAUUACGUAUACUUGUUCUAUCGUCAGAUCGUUGAAAUGGGUUUUUUAAAGUUUGUUUCUUGGACUUGAGAGGGGUUUUGAGACUUGGGUUUAACUGUUUUUGAGGCUUUGUCCUCAAAGGCAUUUAAGGUACAUGAAUGGAGUAUGGUGAUUUUGUAACAUUUUUUAUCAGGAUGGAAAGAGAACUUCUGUUUAAAAGUUUGAUACUUUUAAAUAGUUUGUUUUUUGGUUACUCUGGGAAUGGAGAUUUUCUACAAAUACAUAAUUGUUUUUUGAUUCUAUAUUCUGUAUGCAGUUGAAUAUACCUUACCUAUUCUGUUGUGCUUUAAUAGAAUGGAAUGUUUACAGGCCCUUGAGAUAUUAGAGUAUUUUUUAAAAAUCUUCUGAAGAUACAUACCAAAGUUUUCCAAGAGGAUUUUAUAAUCAAUUUAAUGUAAGGUUUAUCAGAUUCUAAAAUCGUAUGGUUAUUAAGGCAAUUUUAUGUUAGAGACUAUUUUGUAAUGUAGUGAAUGGUACAUUUCUAAGAAAAGUGACUGCCGAUAUAUUUUUAUAGCUAAUCUUUAUAAAUUCUAAAGUUGAGUUUUUAAUUAUUUUAAAUGUUUAUAUAGUUUAGUAAAAAAAAUAUUUUGCAUCUCAAAAGUAUCAUUUUUAUAUUAUGAGAAGUAAAGUUUCCAGAUUGGCUAAUAUUUGAAUUGCAAGUUUUGUAUGCAGUUUAUCCAAAGCUCAAGAAUGCCAUCCGUACCCCAGUGUUUAACCUCUGUAUUCCAGUUUGUAUACACUCUGAAAUUGUA